UUAAAAAGAAAAAAAAAUGUUUUGGCUAUUUUUUAUAAAUUAACAGAAAAAUGUAUGACUAAUAUAUUGUUAUCUGCAUGUUAUAAUCUAUAGUGUAAUUAGAAGCACGCAGGUGUUCAAAAACAAGAAUUAGUUAAUUACCUGAGGGAUGUAAGUGAUAACGCUUUGGUAUUACAAAAGUUUUAAAUAGGUUUCAAAUAUCUUUGACAAGACUACACUUGAAACAACUCAAUUCUUAAGAAUAUUUUUAAUUGCUUCUAUUUAACAACGCAGUUCUCGAUAAACCAAUCCGAUAAAAUGUCUUUGUUGUCUAUAAUCAGAAGUUCGUCUUCAAGGUCUCUAAGUGUCCACGUAUAAUAUUUUAUAUUUUUCGACAAAUCCCUACCAUCCUCUUGGGUAAUAUUUUUCGGCAGUAUAUAAUAGACAUCAUUAGUUCAAAAUUUCAGUUUGCUUUUCGAUCUGAAGCUACAAAGUUUACUUAUCACAAUGUUCGCUAAAGCAUUCAUAAUCGCGUCAUUCUGCGUGGCUGCUUCACUUCAAUGGUCGCAAUUCAAAUCUUGUGGGAAUGACCAUUCAAAAGAUCCUCACCGUUUAAUAAUAGACGGUUGCACCACUUUUCCGUGUAUAAUUUACACAGGAUACGAUGUAGCUGCACGAUGGGACUUUAUAGCAACCACCGAAACUUCUGUGCUGAUACCACAAGCUGAAUUUUCAAUAGCUGGACUUUGGUAUGCGCCAUAUCCACUGGGUAUCAACGACGGAUGUCCAGAUCUUGUCAGUGAAAGACAAUGUCCUUUGGAAGCAGGAGACCAAGCAACCUACACCCUUCGUAUGGGUGUUCCACCAGGAACCCCAUCAGGUGUGAAGGUAUGGGUUAAAUUCUCACUAAAGGAUGAAAAUUAUAAUACUUACAGUUGUUUCGAAGUCGAAUUCAAAACUGUGUAAGAUUUAUAAAGUCUUGAUAAAAAUAUUUGUAUCCGUAUUAUAAAUUCAAUUAAGAAAAUUUGUGUAAAUGAUUGAUAUUUUUUUUAAACAAAAUAUAUACUUGAAUAUCGCAUAAAAAUUAUUGUAUUUUUUUAAAAAUAACUAUAGAAAAUUCCUGAUUUGUAUUCUCAGUGUAAUAUUACAAAAAAUGUUUAAUAUUA